UCAGCCUCUUUCAUCCACGUACCUCUAAGAUGGCGACUCCAAAUCAGGCCCCGAAAUGUCCCGUCUGUACCAAGCCUCUAUCCACUCGCCAAAAUGAAUGUCCAUUCUGUCAAAAGUCCUUCCGCAGAGCUGAUGUCGCUCGUCGGCAUGCACGCUCUUGCAACGCCCGACUAGGUCGACCUCUUCCACCACAAGCCAAACCAGGCCGAAAGCUUCGAGCUUGCGAUAGCUGCUCACGAUUAAAGACAUCUUGUAACUCGGAACUUCCUUGUCAACGGUGCUCGGCUCGUGGCAUUGACUGCGUAUACAGCUCACUAUGUCAUGAUCCUACGCAUCGAGCAACCUCCAAACCGGGGGAAGUGUCCGAUGAUGACAAUCCCAGCUUUUCUUUUCUGUUACAGGCCAGCAAUCCGACACAGAUUUCCAUGGAUGCUAUAGUCGCUCGAGAGCCUGAAAGAACAUCAGAGAUGCCUGCUUGGAAGCAACGUGAGACUGUCGGUUGGAGCCCAGGAACGGUCGAUCCAGGUUUUCUUCUCUUUGAUCUACCGGACAUGCUUCUAGAUGAACCCCGGGACUAUGGAGAUACCGAAUAUAACCCGUUGCAAUUCUCUGGCAUAUUUGGUCAUUCUACCGAGCCGGCCGAUGCUCUCUCGAUGCAGAUAGUCGCUCUGUCAAACAUCAUUCAAGAAUUAACUACCAACAAGCCUCAUCUCAAACACGGACUUGACCAGAGUUGUCAACGAGGGUUCUUUACCACGUCUCAUUUUCAACACGUCUUGGUCUUCGUCUUUCGCCGGAGACACUACCAUCAAGACACGAUACAUUGGCCAACAUUUGAUCCAGAAAGAGUUUCACUCCACUUGCUCCUAGCUGUGGUGUUGACUGGAACUGUUUAUCUCCGGUGUCUUAAUCAGUCUUCUCCCUCAUACAUCAAUACAUCGCUGCUGGAAUUGGCAGAAAAGUAUGUGUACAAGGAGCUCAAAGAUUUAUCAAGUCAAGGUGUCAGCCCAGUUACUUCACGACACAUGCUUGAAAUAUGUCAGGCUGCAGUACUGAUGAACACUCUUGAGGGCAGUGCAAACCACAUCGAAUCUCGCCGAAGAAUAGCGAGCAAAAGAAUACCAACACUGGUCGGGGUGUUGAGAAAAGCAAAGAUGAUGAGUCUCAAACACGAGCCCGGCAAAAGCUGGGAGGAUUUCGUUCACCGAGAAACGUGUAUAAGGGUCGCUACAUGGACUUUUAUGAAUGAUUCACUAUUGGGGCUCUUCUGUAACCACCCACCUAUUAUAACAUCGAAGGAGAUGACUGGAGACCUGCCAUGUCCGACUGGUAUAUGGGAGGCAGAUUCAAGCGUGGCAUUUCAAGAAAGGUCACAGCAUGGAUUAGCAAGGUCUUAUCCUUCAAGCUGCAGUGAAGCAAUAGCAGGAUUGCUUGCUGAAGACUGGACGCCUGCUACUAGAGAUUCUUUUGGAAAACUAGACCAUUCUGAUCUUUUUUAUCUCUCUUCAGGCCUUGGGCGUCACGUAUUUCAUUAUCGUACAUCAGCAGUAUCAUCACGCGAGCACUCCAAAGUGUUGCUACGUGCAUUGGAUAGAUGGGACUCUCUUUGGACGGGUGCUUACAAACGUAUUCCAAAGGAUGAAAGGAAGUGGCUCGGGAUAAAGAAGCAUACUGCCGAAGUCAUGGCUUUGUCCAGGCGGACCAUUGAGAUCAUUCAAUCUGGUGAAGUCAAGGAUUCGGCUUAUCUUCAGGACAUUGGAACUUAUGACACGACUGUCUUUUAUGAAUUCGUUCAGAAGUUUGGACAGACAAGCCUUGAUACAAUGAAGAAAGGCUGACUUGACGGCUGCCUCCCAAUAUUACACUUACACUUACAUCAAUUCUGCUCGGGAACACCGAAUUAUCAUCAACUCGUCCCCCCCAGGAACCAGGCGAUGAUCCAACCAUUCAUCGCCACAGAGCGACAACUCGUGAUGUUUAUAUCCGCCCAGCCCCCGCCAUCGGAGAUGCACUGAAAACUCUAGUGCGCCAAGUCCUGGGCGCAAGCACGGAUGCCUGAUCUUGGCUGAAUGCUAAAAUUCAGGCCGCCAAUUUUUUAUCAUGCUUCUAGAAUGCUGCAAGCAAUAACAAUUGCACAUUGCACAUUGCACAGCCUCAGACUGUCACUCGAGCAUCAUGUGGGGGCGCUGUGGCUAUGGCGGAGAUCCAAUGCAUCAGAUAACGCACUAGAGAGGAAGGUCUCGUUGGAAAUAUGGAACGUUUGUUAAGGCAGCCAAGAUUGUGAGUUCAAGGCAUACAGAACGGGGACUUCCAAAUCGUGCAAGACCACGUGGUGGUCAAUACGCAUCUGAAGUUUAUUCUCUUGCGGGAUUCCGUCUCAGUCUCUGCCAAUUGUCCAGCAUCUAUACGAGUAAAUCGGACCUAGAUGAAUUUACGGCUCAGCUUCAGCCACAUCUCUAAUAAAAGAUGUCUUCAGGAAUGAAACAUCUUCUAAGCUUUUAUUUAAACGAAAGCUUUGACAGUCA